UCGAGCCUUUGGCUUUUGUUCCUCCUGAUGCAGAUAAAGAAGCUGUCCUUGGAGAUAUAUGGAAGCGAAAAACUACAAGCAGUGGAGUGUUGCAAAAUUCAUCUAGAGAAACAAGUGAAGGGAAACAAAGUUCCUCGAUUAACAGGGAGGAUAAUGUUGAUUCAGGUGAGAAGCCUGCUGUAAACAAUAACUAUCUAGGGAAACAUCCUGAGGCAUAUACGACUAAUUCAUUGAUAACUGUGACCAAGGAAAUGAAUAGUUCUAAAGGUGGGCUGAGAUGUGAGUCACCAUCUGAAAUAGAUGUAUGUAACCCAUGCUUUUUAUCAGAUAGGGAGAUUGGUGGGUCCAUAAAAGAUGCCGAUGAAAUAAAAUCUUAUGACUACGGAAAAGUCACUGAUUUGAAAAUGCAAAAACACCCUACGUUGGAGGAUGAUGAAUCAUCCAUGCACUUUGGAGUGGGUGGCGAGCUUCCUGAAGACUCUAGUUCUCUAUUUGAUUUUUCUUCAUUACAACCUACUGUAGGCCCUAACCAGAUAAAUAUUAAGGGCAAUAAUGAGACACAUUUGUUGGAAAGUGUUACUGUUAACCCUCCUGAGCAUUUGAGUUUGUACUAUCUUGAUCCUCAAGGAGUAAUUCAGGGACCAUAUCUGGGAAUUGACAUAAUUACAUGGUUUGAGCAAGGUUAUUUUGGUACAGACUUGUUCAAUUGGCGGAUGCUCCGGACGGAUCACCUUUCCAAGAACAUGGUGAAGUCAUGCCACACAUAAGAAUGUAUUCUGGUUCUUCAUCCAGUGGUAAUGCAGUUACGAGAAUGCAAUUAGCCUAUUCUUUGAAGGGAGCUUGGGAGAGACUGCAUCUUCUGCUUCUGCUCCUGAGUUGAAGGGGUCUGCCAUUGGAUGUGAUCAGAAGCGGACAUUGUCCGCUGCUGAGACUUCUGCUACUGAGUUUCAGUUAAGACGGCCUACUCAAAGUUAUCAUUCUGAGCAUUCUGAAGAUCAGAGCCUCCAUAAAUUCACUGACGCUCAAGAAGAGGGUAAGUUUAAUGGGUUGGAGCUAUUGUUGAUUUUGUUAUUUGUUGUGUUUGUUAAUGAUGCCUUCCUUUCCUCCUGUGUGUUACUGAAAUUAUUUUUCCUGGAAGGCCCACAAGUGCUGCAGCUGAUCCUGCAAAUCAUUUGUCCAUUACAGAUGAAUUUUC